CAACGUUGAACGACGUUAGGUCGGUUCAAACCCGCGCUGCUCACAUUGGUUUCGUUUCCGAAGUUGCCCCCAGAUUGGUGUUUACUCCAUGCGCACUCGCAACCGCGGCCAACGGACGUCUUUUGUAUCUUCGCUGGGUCUUUGUCCAAGGAAAAACAGACGAAAACAAGUUACUCAACACACCGGUCUUGCUUUGUCAGGCCAUGCCUCACGCGGUAGACGCUUUAGGAAAAGGUCGAUGUUCCGAUCCGCAUUGCUCUUAACUUCUGGCACCGGCAAACGCCUAAAGUCUGACAGAAUUCGUGGUACCCCAACUAAACCCACUCCAAGCCCAUCAAAACCUACUUCUCUAAAACGCAUGGCGGACAACCCUAUUGCUCCCAGGCGGCCUUCACGGGCGUUUCGUGGGCGCCGCGGUAGGGGUUCGCGUGCUUCAACUCGUGCAUCCAUUCCCUCUUGCUCCUCAAGGACAUCUGUUCGUGCUUCUACCCGAAGAACCUGGCGCAGGGGACGUAAGAGAAAGUUUCCAGGUCUUACAAGACCCGUUUCUUUUGUCAAUCGUCCGCAUUCUGGUGAUGUCAAGAGCGAAGUGAACACUUCAGCAAUUGAUCCGCAAAACGAGACUGUUGUGGGCAUUUUAAAAAAUCAGGAAGUACAUGAUGAUACUCCUUCGCUCCGUCCACGGAAACGUCCUAGUUCUAGGAUUGGUUCACCUUACAUUUGCAGCUUCUAUCCUCGAAGAGGGACUCGUACGAUCAAUAACAUUAAGGCUGCCGAUGAUGCUCCCCUCUCUUCCAAGCCUUCACCACCGAUCAAACAGGAGCCUUUCAAAUCUCUGUUUCUCAACAACUUCCAGCAUACUCCAGGCAAACGUAAGAGAGGUCGACCAUCUUCACCUGCAGUUUACUUAAAACCCCCCGUUAGUUCAUCCUCGGUUUCAUCUGGCACACGCAGUUCCACACGUCCUGCUUCUGUGUACCGCAGUUCUGCCACUAUCGUUCCAUCUUGUGCUGCCCCAAAACAUGCCAUCAAUUCUGCUCAUCCGUUUCCUGCCACACCUAAUCCGUCCGCUUUGCUUCCGGAUGAUUUGAGAUCACGCACCGGAGACUUGAAAUUCGGAUCUGCCGAUGAAGUACUACUGGAGAUUCUGCGAGAGGUAGACACCAAUGGUUGUGUUCCCAAGGUUCAAAAACAUUCAGAUCUCUCUCGUUCCAAUAUGGCGAUCAGUAAAGAUGAGUCCAUUUUCGAAUCGGAAGCCAGUUUUAUCUUUGAUACUCCUCUUGUCGCCACGGUUUUUGACAACAUGCUUCGCCCCACUGUCGCUUCACUGUUUCGACUUGAGGUAAAGGAUUUAUUUUUGGCAAUAAAUGGGCUGGUACGUCCCGGUGUUUGCGAUUUGUGGAGACGUAGGCGAGAAGAAAAAACUAAGCAACUCAGUCGGAGUGUAAUGGGGCGACUGCGUCCCAAUCCUCGUCCUCGAUUGUAUUCUGACAUGGUUAUUUCGAGUAAUUCUGGGCAUAGCAGCAGCAACCUUCAUAUGAAUGUUCGUCAUGCCCCUCUGGAGAGCAGCGUUCUUAUUCCGGAUAAAGUGCGCCAGGGAUCCCGGUCUGUGGCAUUAGCCGCCGCACGUUUAACUGCAGCUAAACGAUUGAUAAGGGAUAGGUCCCGCCGGCUGGUUGGCUCGAGCAGUUCGGUUCUACUGAAGAGGACGAAAAGAAGUCGAACACCCAAAGUGGAGACCAGUCCUCCGAGUAGUCCUCAGAUUGAAUCAAAAAAGAUCCGUGCUCCGCGCAGUACCUCUAAAAUUUCGUCUCAGACAGCCAUUAACACGCGAGGUCGUCGUCGUCCGGACGUAAAGCACCAUAUUGACUGGAAAUUUUGCUACACUAAUACAGACCAAGAAACAUUUCCACUCACAUCCUUUGGUACGACUCUAUCUCAUCGUCGCCGCAAGACCGCAGGGUCCGCCGAAGUCUUACGAUCAGAAGAUGCAGCUGAGUGUCAGCGCAGCUCACCUGUCUUGGUUUCCGAAGGUACUCUCUGCACUGAUUCGGAAGAAGGCAAAAGUGUCCUUGAGGCUGUAGAAGAGGAAGCGAAGGAACACUUGAUCACUCCGGAAGUUGCUUUAAGUGAAGUAGCUGAGGAUGAAACGUUGGAGAAGUUGGAGCUUGCUGACUCGCAAAUUGAUGCUUCUGCCUUAUCAUUUCCCUCUGGUGACGGAAGGCGAAAACGACGCCACGCUCUUACGGUGCAAAGGAAAAGACCUGCUGGUCGUAGCGUCGGUGGAUUUGGUUAUAGGGAGGCUGACGCUUGGAAAGACAAGUACAGCUUGUCCACGAAAUUUGAGGAUAACUCAUCCGUCUCUUCCUCAAGUAUAUCUGGCAUCCCGAAUGCAUUCAGUCGCGUGUUUCGUCAAUCUAGUUGGCUCCACGGUGAACAUUCCAAAAGCUCUUUUUCAAAGCAUCUAAAGUUUCACGGUGUCCGCCCGAUUUCUUCUGCUUUGCUAGGGGAAUCCAGAUCAACGCGAUCAUUGGGUGUACACAAAAUUCAACGUAUAUCUGCGUCUACGCUGGCUCCCCGUCGCAACCCGUUAUCUGUUCGCGUAGCUCCACCGGUAUCUCCCCGUCAGCGCAUCACUCGCCGGCCCGAUCGAAUGUGCCAGUUAACUCUGUUGGACCGCCUAGUUUUGGGCCUCAAUUGCAGCGUUUCUCGAAACGGAGGUGAGAUACACAUUAAACAAUUACAUGCCGAGGAACUGAAUAUUUUAACUCAGCGGAUGAAUAAAACCGGGUUUUUCAUUCAAUCUCUGGCUCUCCGAACUAAUUCUCACAACGACGCGGAAUACAAUCUCGUGUUGACGUUUUCGCCCACUGCAGAAGGUGUUACGCGCCGCACACGAUGUCCUUCGUCAACGCGUUCCAGGAUAGCCAGCUCUGAACAUUCGUUAGACUACCCCUCACAUUCCUUUACAGAGCGCAUUCCUUGUCGCAAAAUAAGAGAAAGGAGCCGAUCACUGAAACACUUACGAUCCUGUUUGUCUGGAAUUGCUGCCACAAAAAUUAGACCAAUUAGUCCAAGACAAUCUUCCCAAAACACUGGGUAUGUUAGUGAUUCAGCAGCUUCAUUGGAUCGUCCUCGAAGACGUUCUUCCGCCACACGUUUUGUACAUUCAGAUGGCGAAGAAUCAGAGCCCGUCCGGUGUCCUAAAAUCCUGCACACUUUAAACAUCCGUAAAUUGGAUGCGCAAAAGCCUUCGCAAUGGGCCUCCACGGGCAAACACAACAAAGUAGCUACCACCACCAUUAAGCUUGAUGGCACUGGUGGAAAGUGGUCCCCGCGCAACUUAGAUUCACAAACACACAUUGAAUCUGUUUCUUCACCAUCGAAUCGACGCCCGACAACGUCACACGCCGAACGCUUCCUUGUUCCAUCUGAGGGUACUAGUGGCCAUAGACGCCCUGCCAUGCUGGCCAAAAUUCGUCAAGAUAGGACAUUUGUUUCAGAACCUCAUUCAGGUGCGCCGUCCCCCUCCGUUACCACGGGCAGUAACUCUUAUGGUACCUCAAAACGCGCAUCUAGAGCAGCAACCCCUGUUGCCUCGGUUCUUCCUCCAUUUCGUCGGCACAGUCCUCGUAAAAUCAUUCGAAAAGUGUAUACUGGCAGCCUUACAAUUCCGAAGAUUUUGAAUCGCAAGCGCCCAACCGGCGGCUCCCAACCUGCUCUCUCGGUUCCUUUGUGCUCCUCAUCCACCGCGGUUACCAGUGUCCCUGGGCUGGCAUCUUCUUCGUUCAGCCAGCAUGUUCCCACCGUGGUGACUGCUACCCCAUCCACUUCUACUCAGCUCUCCGGGGUUGUGCAUUCUACAAGCAGCAAUACUAUGUCAUCUGUUAUAUAUGAAGAUUCUAACCGCGCUUCGCCUGCUUUUUCUCAGUCUUUAUCAUCCAGUAUUUCUGUGCAGUAUCGUCGUCUGCCAACUGUGACAUCUGCAGCAGUUACAUCUGAAACGCCUACUCUGAACUAUAGCCAGGCAGGCGGGUCACCACUCACCCUUACAGCCACAUCGGACAGAGGAUCGGUUGAGCUUAGUCGGCUAAGUGGUGCGCCGUAUUCUCCACCGCAUGUGGUCUCAGCUUCAACGGCAGCACCUAACCCUCCACCUUCUGUGACCACCGAAAGGGAACUGGGAAGGAUCACGCCUUUAACUUUCCCUGACCAUGCUGCGCCUAUGCAACCCUCACCAUCGCCAUAUAUUGUUUCUCCUUCGCUGUCCACAACACGUCAUACCGGCGUCGCGGAUCACGAUUCGUCCCGAGACCCACAAAUGCACCAAAUAAACCUGCCCGCAGUGCCCGCAACUUCCGAAUCACCCGUCUGCGCAUCUCCAGCCGUGCCUUCAGUUCCUUUUCCAGCCAACGACCAGAGAGUACAAAAACCAUUGACAGAAUCAAGCAGUCAACCUUUACCCAUCAACACCAGGUCAAACACUGGUCCUGACCUAAGCCUGGAUUUUGAUGAUAUCUACACGCCUGCCAAUUCGAUGAGUGCAAGCCAACUUCUAAAGCUGAAACGAAUUCACGAUGAAAGUGGUCAUCCUUUUACUCAAACCAACGAAAGUAGACCAAACCAGUUCCUCAGUCCAUCUGGGCGGGUUCAAUCACCGUCGAACUCAGCACGAUCUCCCCAAUCUCAACUGGUACUUGUGCUCAAUCAGGAUAACUGUUACCAAAUCUUGCGGAGUCUGUUAGAAAGUCAAACAACCCCGAAGCCAGAAAUCCCCGAGGAACGCAAGCGAACGAAUCAGAACGAAGUCAACUCUCUUCAUCUCAAUUCGGCCCCGUGUCGUCAGCAACCCUCGUCAACUGCGGAGCUAACUUUUGUUCAGUCCCAGUCUCUGUAGAUUCAUCGAGAGUUGGCAAUUCCAUAUUGCCGCUGGUGCCCAGCGAAAAUGAAGAAACGGAUGACUUCGAACUCAGAGCCAUCGGAAAAUCAUUCGAGUCACCCGUGGACUACGCGUCGUCGUUUCCAAGCGAUUCCGCUGCUUUGUUUUCCCACUCCACUUCUACCCCCCUCGCCUUUCACACUCCUUUGGAUCCGUCUUUGUUUUCUUCUGGCCCCGGACUUCCCACUACCGUACGCUUUCCAAGACCAACCUGGCCAGCUAUGCGCACUGGUCUUCCAGUGGUCCAUCCAUCAUCCGUCACUCUCCCUGUCUGUUCCUCUGGUGUGACUACUCUGCACACAAUCAACCCAGUCAGGUCACAUAUCUUGGAAACGCUUGCUCCUAAUCAAGUCGCUACCCGUGUGAUGGUACAAAAUCCUGCAACUGUCGCUCGUAUUGGAGAUUUUACUAGUCUUUCCGAUUCCACGAUCCAAUCCACAACUGUAAACCUGGAUGGAGCAAUUUCUAGCCUUGGACUGAGGUCUGCCGAUACACCAAUGCGGAGCUUUAACCUUCCUUCCCUCGCCCAGUCCACUGGACUUCCGGUCAUAACCGGGCCGAACAAACGCACUGUAGUCCAUAAAUAUCACUCCUUCCGGAAGAUCCUGCCCAAAUCACCUGAACAUCCGGGUUCCUCUGCAGUUGCGCUUACUUCCGGUUCCUCCUCACUGGUUGGUUUCCCUACGUUGACAGCUCAGCCUCGUCUUACUCACUUUCCAGUGGUCACUAACCUUUAUCGAACUGGGCCAUUGUCUCGAUAUAACUCCAUUGCUUACGAUUCUUCAAGUGAUCCAGCUUGCGUCUUGGAUUUUGCUUCGAAUCUUUCUGUUGUCGGGAUGCGUCACAAGCCCAUGGAACAUGGGACCUUUGGCCUUGGAGUUCCACCUAAUCCAGCCUCACAGCUAUUGAAGAGUCUUUUGGAGAGCAGCGACUCCAAAGAUCCCGUGAACAACCACUUGCCACAGCCAUCGACUACUUCAAGUUCCACCAACACUUCCGAAAUUCACGGGCCUAUCACCUCGAGCGCGCCGGUAGGCCGCAACCAGGUCGCCCACCAAAGUCGAGGAACGUGGCAACUUGGUAAACGGGCAAUCAGUACGACUCCACAUCGACCUCAAAAUGAACCCGGAAGUUCGGCCAAUAUCUCCCGCUUCCAUCACUCGAUUUCAUCGAACAUUCAAAUUCAAGUUGACGCAACCGAGGCUAGAGAACCUCGAGUUUCUGACCUUAGCGAUCUACCUUCCCCUAUUCGGCUGAUUCCAGGAUCAACUUCGCGCUUACAGCAACUGCAACAGCACUAUCAACGACGUCAACAGAUGCAACUAGAGCAGCAACAUCAACCAAAGCCACUGGAUCGCGCGAUCCCUAGUGAUGCUCUCUAACCCUGGUGUUUUACGCCAGCCGCUCUCAUCAUGCGUAUGCAAUGGGGAUCUUUGCAAACCUGAACUGUGCAUGUAACAUAUGUUUUCCAGUUUUCACCUCACUGAUUCUCCAUGAGCGAAGCUAUCAAGAUCCGCAUCUUGCACCCCACAUUUUUCUCCUGUGCCUCUUUGCCAUCGACCCUUUGAGGGGCCUUUUGUCCUGUUUGCUCAAUCACCGGCUCCCUCCACAAAUCUCAGACUACAAUACCACAUACAUGACCAUGCUGCAAUAAACGAUAGAAAAAGGCUACGUGUUCGCCUCACAUCCUCUUCACACAUGGGCCCCGUCAACACUGGUCGUCACGUAUCUGUUUCCUAUUCUUACCAAAAUUCCCAUCGUGUUAAUCCGGACGUUUUGUUUUGCGAUUCGUCCUUUUUCCAACUCCGAUUCUCCCCACCUAGUGUUUUUCCUCCUACACCUGAACGCGCCGGCCCAUAGAGCUUCAUAUCUCAUUUUUUCAGAGCACUUCGUACAACCGAUCGACGGUGAUAUCCGCUUGAAACAGUUUUCCACAUUGUACAAAUUAUUUCCUAACUGUGCGUUUCUAAAUUCGCCGUUGCCUCCGUCGCUGACACAAAAGCCUCACUUAUCGCCGCUCUUUCCCCGACUUUGCACCGUCUCUAUUUUGGUCUACUCUGAAUUUACAACUCGUCCUAUCCUUGUUCUUUUUUUUGCACAUUUAUCUGGGUGCUGUUUCGAACUACUAGCCACGGAAGGAAAGAUACUCGGUUUAGUUCCCA